GGGGCUCCUCUGGGAAGGGUGGGGGUAGAUGAGAGUGGGGACUUGGAUUUGCCUGCCAGGCCGUCCUGGGUGCUGCAGGAAGCAACAUGACUUAGGUAACUGCCCAGAGGUCCCAGGCAUCUCCAAGGCCCUGGCCCUCUCCCCAGGUGCACCAGCCGUGAUGCAGCAGCCGCGAGUGGAGACAGAUACCAUCGGGGCUGGCGAGGGGCCACAGCAGGCAGUGCCCUGGUCAGCCUGGGUCACAAGGCAUGGCUGGGUACGCUGGUGGGUGAGCCACGUGCCCCCGAGCUGGAUCCAGUGGUGGAGCACCUCGAACUGGCGGCAACCGCUGCAGCGCCUGCUGUGGGGUCUGGAGGGGAUACUCUACCUGCUGCUGGCACUGAUGCUGUGCCAUGCACUCUUCACCACUGGCUCCUACCUACUGAGCUCCUUGUGGCCCGUCGUGGCCGCCGUGUGGCGCCACCUGCUACCGGCUCUCCUGCUGCUGGUGCUCAGUGCCCUGCCUGCCCUCCUCUUCACGGCCUCCUUCCUGCUGCUCUUCUCCACACUGCUAAGCCUCGUGGGCCUCCUCACCUCCAUGACUCACCCAGGCUACACUCAGGAUUUGGAUCAAUAGAAGGGCAACCCCAUCCCACUGCCUGUGUCUGUUGAGCCCUGGCCUAGGGCCUGAGACCCUGUGGGGAGAGGGAGGGCAAUGGGAUAAGGGCCCCCUGCCUUGGCAGGCCCCAGACCCCCAGUCCCGAACAGGUAGACUGGCCUGACCCCGGACUCCUUCCUCAAGUCAAUGCUGCAGGUUCCUGGUGUGAGGGGCUGGGGCCUUUGAGAAGAGCGGGCAGAACAGAUGGCUUAGCCAUUGGUGGAAAUUGCUUAGCCAGGGGCAGAGCUUGACCAAGCCACUGACAGUGCCCAUAUGGAUGUGAUGAUACCCGUGGGGCCCUCUUGGCAACUGACAGCAUCUUUUUUUCACAGUCACUCAGCUGUCUCAGCUUCAGACUCACUGAAAACUUCUACCUGGGCACCCCUGGCCUUGCCAUUCCUCCCAGCAAUUCCCUUUUUUCAUUUCCAGGAGAACCACAGACUCUAGAGAGGGUCCCAGUGACAAAAAUCUAUCAGGGAGAAGGCUGGCCAGAAGCCAGGAGACCUCAACUCCCUCGCCUCCAAACCUUGCAGCCCAGGCAUCCUCCUCCCUAGACUUCCUACUUCCUGCCUCAGUCCGCAUCCCCAAGUCUGAGAAAUGGGCCAACUGGGGUCAGACAGUACCUACUCACUCUCUAAGAAUCCCAAGGUCUGUUAUGGGAAAAUGAUCAAGAAGUCUCAUUUCACCCACUUA